AUGGUAAGUUGUCUGCGAAUUUGUCUGGGGGGGUAUAGAAGUCUAGGAUUCGCCUUUUGUUCACAACUGCACAACGGCAUCCCAACGAAGAAGGGAGGAUGGAUGGAUUGUUUGGAAACGAACAGGGUGCGAGUGCAGUGCCAGGAGGGAGGACGCAAGGAGGCAAUGAGGGAACUGAGGGCAGCAGGAUGGAACGGUGGAUCAGCAAAGGAUAGAAGGGAGGAUGUUGGUUGGAAAAAGAAUAGCGUCAAUAUGAAUGGCAACAACAGGAGCAGCAGUAGUAGCAUUCUAUAG